AUACUAUAUAAAUGCUGGGCAGCCGUGGUGGCGGGCAAAGCGGGGUGCGGCAGGCGACACACUGCCACUAUCAUGGAGGGGAUUGUGACUAUGUAUCAGGACUUCAUGAAGAAAGCAGACCCCCGCAUUGCUGAUUAUCCACUGAUGCAGUCCCCAUUCCUUGUGUUGGGCAUCCUUCUGGCAUAUGUCUACUUUGUACUCUCCUUGGGUCCCCGGCUAAUGGCAAACAGGAAGCCUUUAAACCUGAAGAAGUUCAUGGUGCUAUAUAACUUCUUCCUGGUGGGACUCUCACUCUACAUAGUCUAUGAGUUUCUGAUGGCAGGGUGGCUUACUGGGUACACCUGGCGAUGUGACCCUGUGGACUUCUCACAGGACCCCAAGGCCCUCAGGAUGGUCAGUGUUGCUUGGCUGUUUGUCUUUUCCAAGUUCAUUGAACUGACAGACACGGUCAUCUUUGUCCUGAGGAAGAAGAAUGAGCAGGUCACAUUCCUGCACCUUUUCCACCACUCUGUUCUGCCCUGGAGCUGGUGGUGGGGAGCAAAGUUUGGACCAGGGGGAAUGGGAUCAUUCCAUGCCAUGAUCAAUUCCAUGGUGCAUGUGGUCAUGUACUUCUACUAUGGGCUCUCAGCAGCAGGACCUGCCUUCCAAAAGUACUUGUGGUGGAAAAAGCACAUCACAGCCAUCCAGCUGGCACAGUUUGUGAUUGUCUCCGUCCACAUCUCCCAGUACUACUUCAUGCCCAGCUGCCAGUACCAGUUUCCCAUCUUCAUCCACCUUAUCUGGAUUUAUGGGACCAUCUUCUUCAUCCUCUUCUCCAACUUCUGGUACCAGUCCUAUACCAAAGGCAAACGAUUGCCCAGGGUGGCUCAACAAGCAGCCCAGCACAAUGGUAGCAGCAUCCAUGAGAAUGGCACUGUCACCAACGGCAAGGUCAAAGCCAACUAGAGGGCAGCCUGGCCCUCCCAGAGCCAAUGAGAGCCCCGGGGCAGAGGCAGCUGGGACCUGUUCCCCUGCUCCUGGGUGCUACUAGCCAAGUCAAGUGCCUACAGACUGUUGUACCCUUGUGCCCAGCCCUGCUGUCCUCUGUCUGCAUGCCCAGCCCCUCUGCUCCGAGCAGCCGUGGGCGACUUCUGCUCUUGGGAGGGCUUGUGCUGUUUCUCGCUGUUGUUGAACGGAGAGACAGCUGCCUGCAUCACAACUUGGGGCUGCAGUCCCAUUCCAGUGUUUCCAAAGGAAUUCCCCCAAGUGCCUGCAUCUGGCCCUUUUGCCUGGGGGCCAUUUCCUUCUGAGUAGGACCAAAAGAAGAGACCGAUCCCUGUCCUGGUGCCCUCUCCUCUUCCCUGGCUCAUCAGAGCCUGUGUGGAUGAAGUGACUUGUCCCUGGUUGCUUGCUGCUGCCAGCUCAAGUGUGAGUGCUCCUGCUAUACCAUGCCUUGUGCCACUUUGUUCCACGCCACAAUGCUGUGUGUCCCUUGUGGUCCCUGUAUACCCAGGUGGUGGUGAGGGGGUCCUGCCCUGGUGUCUGUGCUCAGGUGUGGCUGUGGAGAGUGUAGGGGCAGCAGAUAUGUGGUACUUGAAGGCCCGGAGCUGCCCAGUACAAUACACAUGCCUUAUGCCUAGUACGAAGUGGGGUUGUGACGCCCUGAAAUGCCUCUACCAUAUAAUAACCCCAGGUUGCCUUGCAUUUCUUUCCUGUGCCUGGGUGGAGUGCUGAGCAUGUGCUUUUAGCCAUGCUUAUGUGUGAUCCAGAAUAGCAGUUGGUGGCUUGUUCUGGAGUGAGGGAGGCCAAGCUCACUGUGCUUUGGGUGACUUACAUUCCUGCAAACUCGAGACUCGAGCAAUAAUUGCCUCUAGAGUUGUCUGCUGGGCUCUCCUGCCUGGAAAUGGCUCUGCUCUGGCCUGAUGUGAGCACAGUGGAGGAUGGUUGUAGCAUAUUCUGCUAUGGUGUAAUGGGGAACACCUCUUGCCUUCAUGGAUUCUGCUAGGAUUGAGUGAAGAUGUGCUCUGCCAUUCAGCAGGGCAGUGCAGCAGCUCUCCUGGGCCUGGUGCUUGUUGCCUGCUCUGACUAACCAAAGCUAUAUGAGUAGCCUUGAGGAUGAGGUGAAGGAGCCAGGCCCAGUCAGAUUGGGCUGCUCUUCUAUCACAAAUAAACAGACAGAAGGAGAAA